GGGUAGGGUCCAUUAAGUACCAUUUCCACUGCGUCCUUUAACAUGAACACAACACCUUCUUGCUUUUUAAUUUUCAUUUAAUUCGCAACGCAUUUAAUUAAUUUGCAAUGCAUUAAAGACACAAAAUAAUCCCGCUUAAAACGCCUGCAUUGCAUAUUGUAACAUCCAUUCCUAUUGGAUUUAUAGAUUCUGAAGAAAUCGAAUAAACCCCUUCUUUUACGAAUCUGUUAGUGAUUCAUAGUUUUAGACGUUUUUAUUGUCUUAAUAAUUUUUCCAAAAAUCAUGGUUUCAACAAGUAAAAUCAAAUCUGUGGAUUUCUACAGGUUAGCUGUUUGUUCGAAAUUUUUAUGCUUAUUGUGUGUCUGCCGUCCUAAUUUAUUCGAUCAUGAAUACAAAAUUGUCAAUAGAUGUGAUUGACGUGUAAAAUCCAGAAAUAAAAAACUCUUCUUUUUGUCUGUAAGGAUUUGUUUUGUAGUUCAGAUACUGUGUCUUAUGUGUGCUGUUUAGGUGUUUGAUUGUGGGCCACAGGGGAUAUAGGACGAUUGAAAUUGAGUAUAAGCAUUGGGUUUGGAAAUAGAGUAGUGAAUUGCUGUAGGCUAGUGGAAAAUUUUGUUACUCAGUGGAACAGUCAACAGAUAUGAUGCAUGAUGUGGGGGCAUUGUUGGACCAACCAUUUAGAACAAUGGAAGAAUUAUUUUUGGAUAAUAUGCACAUUUUGAUAAGUAUGUUAUUGAAAGUGGGAUCGGUUUGAAUAAAAGUGGACAAGAAGGGUGAUGCUGAGAAUUUUAGUAAUUGAGAUUUUGGAAAAUUCCCAGAGACCUGACUGAGGCAUCGUUGUCAGGUGCUGGGCUGUCACUUAUAGCAGCCUUUUCUAUGAUCUUUCUAUUUGGAAUGGAAUUAAAUGAUUAUUUGAGGGUGAACACCUCUACCUCGAUUGUAGUUGACAAUAGUUCUGAUGGAGACUUCUUACGAAUUGAUUUCAAUAUUAGUUUUCCAGCAUUGUCCUGUGAAUUUGCAUCCAUCGAUGUCAGUGACAUCUUGGGAACAAAUAGGUUGAACAUAACUAAAACUGUUCGUAAGUACUCAAUAGAUUCAAAUUUAAAGGCAACUGGCUCUGAGUUUGAGUCGGGACCAAUUACAAAAGCAAUUAAGCAUGAUGAGGAAUAUGAUGAGGAAUAUGGUGAAGGUUCUGUUACACUGAAUAUACGCAAUUUUGAUAGAAUCUCACACCAGCAUGCCAUUUUGGUAGUAAAUUUCUAUGCUCCUUGGUGCUAUUGGAGCAACCGCCUGAAACCUUCAUGGGAAAAAGCGGCGAAAAUUAUGAUAGAAAGAUAUGACCCGGAAAUUGAUGGGCGCAUUCUUCUGGGGAAGGUUGAUUGCACUGAAGAAAUUGAAUUGUGUGGAAGGAAUCACAUACAAGGUUAUCCAUCAAUUCGCAUCUUCCGUAAAGGAACUAAUGUCAGAGACAAUCAUGGCCAUCAUGAUCAUGAAUCAUAUUAUGGGGACCGAGAUACGGAUAGCCUAGUCAAGACAAUGGAGAAUUUGGUUGCACCUAUUUCAUUGGCAUCACAAGAGGUUGCUUCAGACGGUCAGCCUAACAAGACUGAUGAUGCAAAAAAACCUGCACCAUUAACAGGAGGAUGUAGAAUUGAGGGUUUUGUACGUGUGAAGAAGGUUCCAGGGAACCUCAUCAUAUCAGCUCGCUCAGCUGCCCAUUCCUUUGAUGCUUCUCAAAUGAAUAUGUCACAUAUAAUUUCCCAAUUUUCUUUUGGUAAGAAGUUCUCUUCAAGGAUGAUGAGUAAUAUGAAGAGAUUGCUGCCAUACCUUGGCAGAAGCCAUGGCAGGUUGAAUGGAAUGUCAUACAUCAGUGAUCCAAGUGAUUCUAGUGCAAAUGUUACCAUCGAGCAUUAUCUUCAAAUUGUAAAAACAGAAGUGAUGACAAGAUAUUCUAAAUUUGUUGAGGAGUACGAGUACACGGCUCACAGUAGUUUGGUUCACAGUCUACAUGUUCCUGUUGCAAAAUUUCAUUUUGAGUUAUCUCCAAUGCAGGUUUUGAUAACAGAAAAUUCAAAGCCCUUUUCACACUUCAUUACCAAUGUGUGUGCCAUUAUUGGAGGUGUUUUUACGGUUGCUGGGAUUAUGGAUUCAAUUCUGCACAACACUAUGAGAAUGAUCAAGAAAGUUGAACUGGGAAAGAACUUUUGAACAGAAAUUAGCCCUAGUCAGUGUAUAAACAAAAUGGAUCGUGUAUACUUGACAUCUUUUAUAGUAAAUUUAACAGUGUUUUUGCUGUUGAAAAGUUUGAGGUGUUA